UUGCGUUCAGCGUUUAGGCUUGGCCUAGUAACGAUUAUGGGGGACCAAUUUGAGCCACAGAUAACUCCAGAAACUCCAGGAAGGCCUUCCAUAAGAAACCCAUUUGAGAGUCCAAAUGACCAUCACCACUUGCGUGAACCCCUGGUUCCAAGCCCCUCAGUUUUCAAGUCCAAGUCCUGUAAAGCUACUCCACCUAAAUUUAACUGGUCCAUUGAUGAAAUGGCCAGUCUUCUACCAGUACACAUAGACCCAGAGGAAAUCCAGCGACAGUCUUUUUACCUCAGCCAAACCAGGAUGGAUUCUGACACUGAAGAAAAAUGUCAAAAUGCUAUUGAACAGUUUUUCACCAAAGGCACCAUUGUGCCGUCUCCCUGGGCAGCACCAGAAACACGUAGAGCCCUUCCGGCCUAUAAGAAAAGUCCAGCAAUUGCAGAGGAGACAGAAAAAGUCUCAGUUGCUUGCCAGACAGCCCUUUCACUCCCUUUGGCUUUUGACACGGAAAAACUACUAGGAGAAUACUAUCGUUACGAGGAGGCAUGUGAAGCAGUGCAGGAAAGCCUCAGUUCUUCCUCCUUAAGGCGAAAGCUCUUCCUCGAUGGCCACUUCAGCUACAGCAGCUCUGACAGCUCUACGCCACCAAGCCCAGAGAGAGCCCAUAACAAUCUGGAGAAGACAUCCCCCAAUAGAGGAGUUGUUCCAAAAACUGAAUGUCGUGAGGGAGGAGUAAUAUCGUCCGUCUUUUCUUCCCCUUUGUCCUGUGGCACAUCGGCCCCGACUCCGUCAUCGGGUCAGUUUUCCUCCAGUCCCAUUCAGCAUGGUUGCAUCAGAGACUGCAGCCUGGGCAGCAUGAGUAGUCCGAUGUUUCCUGAUAGAUCAUCUCCCGCUGGCCACAUCUCCCCAACGAUUUCUCCUAUUGUUACCAAUGUGGCACACUCUCCCAUAGGCCCAGCAGAGAGUAGGCAGCCAAGCAGUUUGACCCCACAUGGCGGUCCACUGGUUACAGAUGUUACUUCAUGUAAUGAGAGUCCAUUUGUUGAAGGUUGUUCUCCCAUUCGGAGCUGCUCUCCACAUCAGCUGCACUACCAAAGCGGAGCCCCGCACACCUCCAGACCCAAGCUCAGGUCAAGAGUCCGCUGCUGGGCUUCACCCCCCCUCAUUUCUCCAAUUCUUAACCCAAAGCUUCCGGACAAUCACGAAGAUGAAGAGGACCACCCUUCCACUUCAUCUUCACUUCCCUCAAUGGAACUUGAUCCAUCAUCCCCUUUGGUUCAGGACAUUCAAACAGCUUCUACUGUGAAAGUUGGUCUAUAUCCUAUGGAAACGGUGAAAAUGGAGGAGAGCAAAGACAUGGGAAUAGAAAGCAGGCUGGAGGAGGAAGAGGAGGAAGGUGGGGGACCCUCAGGACGGCUGACCAGCUCUCGGAUGGGGCACGUGUCCGCAACAGAAAGCUCCCAGAUGUUCAUGUCUCUUCUGGCCGAAGGCAGCAGCAUCCGCUAUGAUUCCAGCAUGCAGGUGGAUAGCGGCUACAACACUACCUCAGCUGGUACUGCUAGUUUAAUCGAUGGCUUCAACUCAGAUUACCAGCUCAGAGAGUCCCUCGGUUCCAACCUCGUGGAAGAAGCCUUGCUCAUCACUCGGCAUACCAAAGUUAAGGGAUUUUAUCCUCACAACUGA